AUGGUAAACAUAAAUUGGCCAGGGCUUCUCAAAUGGUCGACUAAAUAUGCAGACGGCACCAUCGACACGAACAAACGGCUAAGCCAGGAAGACAUUGAGUUUCUUCAGGGGGCGAUCAAGGAUGCCCUGAGUCAAGUGGAGGAUCCAUACGAAGCGAUAAACGAAGCAGUACGUAACUUUGAAAAUGAUGAUGAAGGGAUUAUCCUGGCCUCGGCCAAAAUCGUGGAAAGGCUAGUCGACGAGUACCCGGAGGUCUCGCGCAAUCUACACAAAAUAAAUGCAAUAGAUCCCUUGUUAAAAUUGUUAAACCAAACAAACAAUCACAUCCUAGAGUCGGUGUUGCAAAUAUUUUCCCUAGCUCUUUCAAAUAAUCCUGAACUACAAGAGUGCGUCUUCAAAAAAAACGGCCUAAAAACAUUAUUGCUGAAGCUCCAAGAAUCACAGAAGACGGUGAUUGAUAAAAAAUUAAUAACAGCUAUUUCUGCCCUGAUUAGACACCAUGAUGAGGCGGAAAAUAAAUUUAUUGACUAUGGUGGGGUAGGAUUUUUAGUGUAUGGGAUGCAAACAAAUAUUUACCAGUACCAGGAGAAGUCGGCUCUGCUGCUAAAGCAUCUGGUACAUCAGAACAAAAUUACAUUUGAAAUUUUUUUAAAAAAUGAAAUAAUGAAAGGACUCAUAUGUCUUGCAAAAAACAAAAAUAUAGACGAGACAGGUAUACAAUAUGGGGAGACGACAGCCGAACUCUUUUUGGCUCUGAUGCAGAACCACCGCCAUAAAUUGGCCAAGUUCGGUUACCUUCAUAACUUGAAGGUGUUGAUAGAGGAUCGCUUGGCCUACCUCCGCGUUGUGCAGGACAGCGCGUCGUACGACGUCUCCCAGGAGAUUGAAUUAUUCACGGACUGCUUGAAAUUGACCAGCUGGCCGGGAGCGAAGCAGCCAGUUUGA